AGCCCCACGCUGCGUCUGCGCUCAGAAACCAUGAACUGCGUCCUGGCGGGAAACUCCGUCAAAGGGGCUAUGUUGUGUUUCAGCAUUUGGGAAGGCUGUCCAUGCCCUGUCCCGAAUUGGAGAUUCCCUGUGGUUGGAUCCAAUGGUCAAAGGGCUGGCCCUCAGAUCGGUGAAUUUGGCUCAGUCUGCAUAUGCCUGCUUCCUCUUCUCACCGCUGUUCUUCCAGCAGUACAGUCUGGAAUCAGUCACAGAGCGGGGCAGUGAACCAAUCAAAUGCAAGCUAGCCAUGAAGUCUGUGCUGCCACUUUUCCGUUGUUUGACUUCUAUUGAGCGUAAUGUGGAACAAUGUCAGAUAUCAGUCAGUACUGCCAAUGACCGAGUGAUCAUCCAGUUUUUCUGCAGACAUGGCAUUAAAAAAACCUACAAUGUGCGUUUCCUGGAAAGUGAGGCUCUGCAGGCAGUGUUUGAUUCACACCUGUGUCCCAAUGUGCUGAAGGCUCCUGCCAGGCUUCUGGGUGAUAUGGUGAUGCAUUUUCACCCCUCUCAGGAGGAAGUCACUCUGUCGAUGAAUGCCCUCAGAGUCAGUCUGAGAAAUUACAGUGAGGGGAGAAAUGAUCACAUGAAGAUGAUGUACACAGAGAUGUCCUUACACCCAGACGAGUUUGACUACUUCCAGGCUGGAGUGGAAUCGGACAUAACCUUCUGUCUAAAGGAGCUGCGGGGUUUGCUGUCUUUUGCGGAGUCACAUUGCCUUCCAGUGUCGGUUCACUUCAGCACUCCAGGAAAGCCUGUGUGCUUCUCUGUGGAGGACAUGGUCCUUGAGGCCACUGUGGUGCUGGCUACACUGGCUGACUUUGAGAGCAGGAGCCCCUCUCAGCCUGCAGAGACCCUGGCCUCCACUACACACAGCUGUGCAGAUGCAGCUGCUCUACCUGUGGGUAUAUGUGACACUCAAAGCAAGAACCUUCAGGUUAUUCCUGAUGUAACAGAGCUUGUUGAAUCCAGCCAAGGCAGCCCUAUAACCUACUCACCUGCUCUGAUGCAACUUCUGCGCCAGACUGACGACCCAGGAGAACUCCCUGUACCUGACGAGGCCUGUCCCAGUGCUGCCACGACCCCAGCUUCCACCACGAUCUGCUCCCUGCUGUUCAGAGCCUUGUCCUCAGAGUCAGCUGAUGAUAGCAGUACUGCCAGACUACCUGUUCUGGCAUGUUUCAGUGAUGAUGAAGACUGUCCAAGAAGCCCUUUACUCUGAGGACAUAGCUGUUACCCAAAACUCAAUUCUUAAUUUGUAAGCUAAGCUUCAACACUGUAGUAAGACUGAUUAUUGUUCAUUGUAGUUUACAUUUUAAUGUGUGUGUUUAUUGUUAAAAUGUUUUGCUAAUUCCUGUUUGUAGGAACAAUAUACCAUCCAUGUUGUCUCUCAAAGGAUUACCAUAGUGGGAAGAUGCCACACCUGGUUGGUGGUAACUGGCAUGCUUUGUGUCUGAGGAAUGUUGGAGUACACACAAAGUGUACAAAGUGUUCUAAAGCAUUGUAGAGCAGAAUGAGGUACAUAUACUUCAUGGGAAAAGGCAGGGCUAGAGGCC